UUACCGCUUCCUCCGCGCCGCCGCCAGCGCUGAGCCCCGGCCGCUAGCUACAGCCCCGCGCCGCCGCCAGCGCCGAGCCACGCGGACACGGAACGCCGAGGCGGGCAGGCGCGGAGAAGCCGCGGGGAGACCGCGGGCCAGAGAUCGGGCGGGCAGGCGGUCGCCGGCCAGCGGAAGGCAGCGCGGGGAGCUCCGGGGCCACCCCAGGUCAAGAACAGUCGCCCUUUCUGAGGAGACGCAAAAUAAAGUGAAGAGAUGGCCACCAAGGAGAAGCUGCAGUGCCUGAAGGACUUCCACAAGGACAUCCUGAAGCCGUCUCCAGGGAAGAGCCCGGGCACCCGGCCUGAAGAUGAGGCCGAGGGCAAGCACCCGCAGAGGGAGAAGUGGUCCAGCAAGAUCGACUUCGUGCUCUCUGUGGCUGGAGGGUUCAUUGGAUUAGGCAACGUCUGGCGUUUCCCGUACCUCUGCUACAAAAAUGGUGGAGGUGCGUUUCUCAUACCAUAUUUUAUUUUCCUGUUUGGCGGCGGCCUGCCUGUGUUCUUCCUGGAGGUGGUCAUCGGCCAGUACACCUCCCAAGGGGGAAUAACCUGCUGGGAAAAGAUCUGCCCCUUGUUCACGGGCAUUGGCUACGCUUCCAUCGUGAUCGUGUCCCUGCUGAACGUGUACUACAUCAUCAUCCUGGCCUGGGCCAUGUACUACCUGUUCCACUCCUUCCAGACGGAUCUGCCCUGGGCACACUGCAACCACAGCUGGAACACGCCGCAAUGCAUGGAAGACACCAUGCGCAAGAAUAAGAGCAUGUGGAUCACCCUCAGCGCCACCAACAACACCAACUACACCUCCCCUGUCAUCGAGUUCUGGGAGCGUAACGUGCUGAGCCUGUCCUCUGGAAUCGACCACCCAGGUGCUCUGAAGUGGGACCUCGCUCUCUGCCUGCUCCUCGUCUGGCUGGCCUGUUUCUUCUGUAUCUGGAAGGGUGUCAAGUCCACCGGGAAAGUCGUCUAUAUCACAGCCACGUUCCCGUUCAUCAUGCUCCUGGUGCUGCUGGUCCGUGGACUCACAUUGCCAGGGGCUAGUGCCGGCAUCAAGUUCUAUCUGUACCCCAACAUCUCUCGCCUCGAGGACCCCCAGGUGUGGAUCGAUGCUGGAACUCAGAUCUUCUUCUCCUAUGCCAUCUGCCUGGGGGCCAUGACCUCGCUGGGAAGCUACAACAAGUACAAGUACAACUCGUACAGGGACUGUAUGCUGCUGGGAUGCCUGAACAGUGGUACCAGUUUUGUGUCUGGCUUCGCAAUUUUUUCCAUCCUGGGCUUCAUGGCACAAGAGCAAGGGGUGGACAUUGCUGAUGUGGCUGAGUCAGGUCCUGGCUUGGCCUUCAUUGCCUAUCCCAAAGCUGUGACGAUGAUGCCACUGCCCACAUUUUGGUCCAUUCUUUUCUUUAUUAUGCUUCUCUUGCUUGGACUGGACAGCCAGUUUGUUGAAGUUGAAGGACAGAUCACGUCCUUGGUUGAUCUUUACCCAUCCUUCCUAAGGAAGCAUCGGGAAAUCUUCAUUGCCCUCAUGUGUUGCGCCAGCUACCUGCUGGGGCUGACAAUGGUGACAGAGGGUGGCAUGUAUGUGUUUCAACUCUUUGACUACUAUGCAGCUAGCGGUGUAUGCCUUUUGUGGGUUGCAUUCUUUGAAUGUGUUACUAUUGCCUGGGUAUAUGGCGCUGAUAACUUUUAUAACGGUAUUGAGGACAUGAUCGGCUAUCGGCCUGGGCCCUGGAUGAAGUACAGCUGGGCUGUCAUCACUCCAGUUCUCUGUGUUGGAUGUUUUAUCUUUUCUCUUGUCAAGUACCAGCCCCUGACCUAUAACAAAGUCUAUGUGUACCCUGACUGGGCCAUUGGGCUGGGCUGGGCCCUGGCCCUGGCCUCCAUGGUGUGCAUCCCCCUCGUGUUCCUCAUCUCCCUCUGCCAGGCACAAGGCUCCCUCUCCAUGAGGAUCAAGUACCUGCUGACUCCGAGGGACCCAAACCGCUGGGCUGUGGAGCAUGAGGGGGCCCUCCCCUACAACUCGCCCGCCACUGCCAACGGCAUUCUCAUGAAGCCCACCCACAUCAUUGUGGAGACCAUGAUGUGAGCUCCGGGAGGCCGGGCCGCUUUCCUGCUGUUUACUAACAUUAGAUUCUCCUAGGGCCAGGUUUACAGAGCUUUACAUUUGCACUAGGAUUUUUUUUUUUUUUAAUUGUCACAGAAAAUGUUACUGUGUGUGUGCGCGCGUACGUGUGGGUGUGUGGGUCUCAUGCGUGUUGUGUUCCGUUUUGAUUUGGGGGAUAUUUUGUACAAAAAGAACCCUGCCCACCCUCCCAGGCGUCCGGGGAACGGCCGAGCUUUCAUACAGAAUUAGAUGUAUUUUAUGGGAACUUGUUAAAUUUUCCUUUGUAAUUUUUUUUUAACAUAUAGACACUUAGAGAUCGCUGUACGCUUGACGACUUGAACUGAUCUCCUUGCCAGCAAUAGAUCUCAUUUCAAAAAGCAAUUUUUCGGUGCUGUGUCACGGGCAGACAAUUCUGCCCCAAACGCCCAGGGUGGCAUCUCCCUGGGGCCGCAGACCUAUAGCAAAGGUGCAGUACCUUCCAAAGUCUGGUUCAGGUGGGCAAAUACCACAGGGGAGAAGGCUCACUAGCUGGCCAGACUGGCGGGGGUGGGGGUCGUGGGGAGCUGUGUGUUUGAAGGAAGGUAGGUUCCCGAGCUGACACCUCAUUAAACUUGACUUAGCCAAGGAGAGAGAUGCCAAAAUAAUUGAACCAACCCCUCCCAUCAACAUGAGGCCCUCUUGCAGAGCGGUAGAAAGCGUUGUGCCAGGAGCAAAAAGCCCACCUUUUAUCUUGAGACUGAGGAUUGGCAGGAAGACUCUUGGCAUCCUUCACCCAGGACAGAAGAGAGGGACAUCUGAGAGUCAGCUUGCAUGUGGAAGCUGUGUUGUAACUCCCUAGUGGCCUUAGGGCCAGGCCAUGGCCCCUCCUGGGGUGCCUUUGGUGGAAACCCCAGCCGCCCGGCUCCAGGUGGAGGACUGGGCCUUGUGGGUGGGUCCAUUGUACUGGAAGGGGAACCUCGGCAGGCUCAAGUUGUUCCACUGGUCGUUGCCUGCCAGGAAACACCGUGUUUGUAUUGUUUAGGGAUGGGACGAGGUAGGAGGGCAUGUGGACCAAAGGGCAGGGGCCUUCUGUGGCUUGGGGUGCCUUUCCUUCCUCAUCUCCCCACCUUCAAUGCUGUCCCCACGCCCUCCUGGACAGCUUUUCUGAAAGACCCACCCUUGGGGGCUUCCCUAUGCCAAGAACAUCUGGUGAGGUUUGGUCUCGGGGUUUGGAGAAAGUGUUCCCCAAAGCAGGAGGGUGCUGGGCUUCUUCCAGCCCACCCCAGCCUCGAGGCUGGGUUUGUCCAAGGGGCUGGCACACCAAUCCUGGCUUGAUCAACAGCCUUAGGCUGAGGGCAGUUCCUUCCUGAACCAGAAGAGAAGGUGCGACACCUUUGAAAUCACGUGUAGACACCCCACCCCACCCCCAUCUGGACGUGGGCCGUGCCAUGUAAAGUGUUGCUGGCAAGUUCAGAGUCUAAGCUCAACCGAAACCCUUGUCCAGCCUGCCUGGCGAGGCGCAGGGAGCUCAGGUUGUUUUCCGAGCAAGAGCUCACACCCAGAUGUGGGAGGGGGAGGAUCCUGUGGGGACCCCUCUCCCAGGUGGCAAAUUGUCUUUGGCCAAUAGACAACGUUUGCCAUUUGUAAAGCCACCAACUCUGCCAACCAACAUCCCAUCUUAUUCCAAACCGCAAACAAUUCUAACGUGUUCCUAUAUUGUCUGUGUAUUGAUGUCUGCCGCCGAGUCUGGCUUUAUUUCACUGUGUGUCCCUGGUCGUCCGGAGUGGCUACGCGACCCCUCGUUGUCGUGUGGAACUUUAGUCAGUUUACCUCUGUCAUGAUUGGGGACAGGUGACAUGUGGAUGAGAAGAACGGCUUGGCGAGCCGUGGCUACCCGGACAUUUGUCAUCAAUUUCAGUCCGUGGCACCUGCCCCGUUCCUACCCCUGGGACACUUGCACCGUGGGUGAGAGGCUGCAGUAUUUCAGGCUGCUAGGCAAAUUGCAACAUUCUGGAAAUUACCUAAGGAAGGCAUCUUCUUAUAAGAUUCCCAGACCAAAUUCUAGACCAAAGACACAUGCAGACCUAGCCCCCACCCCAGGCCCUGCCUGGAAAGAAAGUUGCCACUUUCCCCCAAGCCCAUCUCUUAACUCCGCUCCGGGGCACCUGUCCCCAGGUAUCGUCCCUCUCUGUCUAUGGCUCUGCAGACCUUGGCUCUAUGAGUACCGUGUGUAACAAUGUUUGACUUGUAUGUCUCCAUAUAAAUGAAACUUGUCAUUAGCGCUCAUGACUGCAGUCCACCCGUCUCUGAAGAACGGACCCCGGGCUCUGCCGCCCAGGUCCUGAGAUCAAGCAGGGACUCUGAGGCCUGCCUUGGGCCCCACCAGCCAGAUCUGGAACAGAAGGAAGAGAGACAGAGAAUUUCUUUGAAGACGCAGAAACGGGAAAUGGUCCCCGGAUAAAUCUGCUUGGGGCGGAUCAGCUAGCUAUUCACUGGAGUCAGGAAUGGCCGGUGAGGCCCUUAAUAAUCCAGCACUGUUGUAAAAUGGGGGCAACGGAGGCAUGGAGACCAGAAAGGACUUUUUGCUCGCAAGCCAGGACAAACCAGACUGGGUCACGUGGCCGCCAGCGCCGGCUCUCCCGAUGUGGCGCUCUGAGGGGUCUGCACUGCAACAUGGACUAAAUGUACGGAACUCCUCAGCAUCUUCCCUGCCGGCCAUGGUCACGGCUUCGUGGAAAAGGAAACACUAGCCCCCCCUUCUUCCCCCCCCACCCCGCCCCCAUGUUGAAGGAUGAGGUGGGCAGUAUCCCCGCCCCUUUCAACUAUCUUCAGCAUUGGCUGGACCCCAAGCUGUGGCUCAGAGAGGCGGGUUCUCCAGGGCCUCGGCGUCUACAUCUACCCUGGCCCCAUGCCAACCCUCCUCCUUCCUAAUGGUCCUCUGUGAGAUAAGAACUGAGAUCUUUCAUUGCACAUAAGGAGACUGAGGCCCAAGGACAUGAAUCGGGGUGCAAGGAGCAUAUAUACCCCCGUCGUCAAUGUUUAAAUGGAAGCCUCACUUGUCCUGGGACCACAUGGGAAAUUCCCAACUGUGGUCUCGGUUAACUGUCCCUUGUGUAUGCUGGGCAGCUCUUCUCCACCCCCCUGGCCCUUGGUUCUGUCCCUCAGGUCCCCCUGCACAUCCCAGAAAACAAUGGUGAGAUACAGGGGACCAGUAUGUCCCCAGGGCACUCGUCCCACAACCAGCAUCUGUCAACACUGCCCCUCUUGGCUAGGGAAGUGCCCUGGGAACCAGGGCUGAACCCAAAGGUGCCUUCCUGCCUCCCAAGACCCGGACCACCAACCUGAAUAGGACUCAGCAGAGAGACCUCGCUGGAGGUGGCUGGGGUCCCACCUGCCCUUCAGACCCAAGCCCAGGUGACUUGGGCCUUGCUGCCCAGGGGCAUGUACGCCACGUCUCAUGCAAAUGCUGGGAAGAUGAUGACAUCAUGAAACAGUGAUUCUGACCCUUCCACGCAUGUGCAACAAGGAAAUGGCGCUCAGCGCACAGGGACUCUGAGUUCAGGAGCAGAAGAAAGCAGUGGGGGGGUGCCGCAAACAGACAAAAAUCAAUAACCCGACCGGAAAAUGGCUUCUCCUCCCCUCCCCUCCCCGAGCCACACAGGCUGUUGGCUACCGUGAACUGGGGUAGUGGCCCCAGAAAGAUGAACUUGCUUCCCGAAAUGCCACAGUUCCUGCUGUACAAAGAAACAGGACCCCAAGCUUUUGUCCUAAACUGAACAAGGAAGACGAUGCUGGGGGCCCGUUUGAAGGGUACCAGCACCUCCCCCACCCAAACACUUGGUUGCAAGCAGCUGCCAGCUGCUGCAGGCGGCCUAUGCGGCAGACGGAGCCUCGCCGUGCUCCGCAGGGCUGUGUUGGAAACAUCAGAACAGACCUCCCGGGUCAGCUCGGCCUUCCAGGUGGUUCUGAAGUCCCCUACUUCCGGUCAGUGCGGAGGACUCUGAGCCAGGCUGCUGUGUGCUAAGAAAGCAGGUAUCUUGAGUGGAGAGGACACCCAGAGCCAACAUACCACAGGAAAGGCUCACACAGCAACAAGGCAGAUCUCCCUGCAGGUGCAUUUGGAGCAUGACAGCCCUUCCCCAACCUGGACGCUAUCCCCUGCGAGUCAGCUAUGCAUUGCUACAAAGGGGUCCUGCAGUGCACUCCCCACUCUACUUGCACCACCAUGUGUCCCCUACAUCACUGGCUUCUGAAACCAACAGGAAAAUCCUCUCGGGGGUCCAUUGGAGCUACUCCGUCCCUCCCCACUUCCAGUUGGCACUGGGGACUGCAAAGUGGAAGCUGCAUCCACAGCCAACAAUCUACUGGGGGACUCAGGUAGCAACCAGGCUGAUCUUCGAGUGUGACACCCCCACCCAGGAAGGAUUGCUUGCCAGGCUAUUGCAACUUGCUACAGAAGGUUCCUGCCGUGGACUCUGUUCAUAUCACCACCAUUCCACCUGCCUCCUUGCCUGAAGCCAACAGGACAGACCUCCCUUAGGGUCCGUGUUGGUUUCUCUGCUCCCCCUUACAGUGAGCUGACACUUGACACCGAGGACCAAGAGUCGACACGGCUGGUUGAUGCCAGUGGAGGCUGCACACACGGCUACUAAGCUCUGAUAGCAGCCAGGCGGGCCUCCUGGAUGGAUGCUUCCAUUGUGAUGACCCCGCUUUCAACUGGUAAUAGUCACCUGCUGGUCUGAUAGGAACCCUCACAGAAGGGUCAUCUAAUUGGACACUGCUCUCCCAGCCACCCCAGGGUCCCGGGUACUCCAAAACCAACAAAAGCCGCGUCUUAGAGGACCUUCUGGGGGUACCAGUCCCUCCCACUUCAUCCUCCUGAAACGAAAGAAUGUUUGCCUGUACUUCUGCUGAAUCCAGCUCAAGCUGAGAUAAGCCACCCUCACAAAGCAGGGAAGGAACUAUCAGGCAAAGCCAGCAGGCAGCGCCCAGCCCUAGAGAGGACUUGCCUGGUGUGGGUUUUCCCAAUAAAAACAUGAUCGUUGGAA